UCCCGGCUCCCUGCUGCCGGCUCCUUCGCCGCGUUACGUCUGUCUCCAGGCUCACUCGCCGAGGGUCCGGCGGCUCACACCCUUCCGAGCCUGAGCUGGCGUCCACUGGGGGGAGCCCAGAGAAAGGGAGGGGCGCGCCGCGGAGGAGCGGAGCAUUGCCUGGGUGGGCCGUGGCCUCUCCUCCGGGAGCACCUCCGGGAGCACUACCUGUCACCAGGAGAGACAACGGGUGCAGGAAAAGAUGUUAUCCCGGCUGAGAGCGGUGGCCACCCCUUGUUCCUGGGCCCACCGCCAUUUGCACACCAAGGAGAAAGGCCGGCCGCUUAUGCUGAACCCAAGAACAAACAAGGGAAUGGCAUUUACAUUACAGGAACGACAAAUGCUUGGCCUUCAAGGACUUCUACCUCCUAAAAUAGAGACACAAGAUAUUCAAGCCUUGAGAUUCCACAGAAACUUGAAAAAAAUGAGUGAUCCUUUGGAAAAAUACAUCUAUAUAAUGGGAAUUCAGGAAAGAAAUGAGAAGUUGUUUUAUAGAAUAUUGCAAGAUGAUAUUGAAAAUCUAAUGCCAAUUGUAUAUACACCAACAGUUGGUCUUGCCUGCUGCCAAUAUGGACACAUCUUUAGAAGACCAAAGGGAUUGUUUAUUUCAAUCUCAGACAGAGGCCAUAUUAGAUCAAUUGUGGAUAACUGGCCAGAAAAUGAUGUUAAGGCUGUCGUGGUGACUGAUGGAGAGAGAAUUCUGGGCCUUGGAGAUCUGGGUGUCUAUGGAAUGGGAAUUCCAGUAGGAAAACUUUGUUUGUAUACAGCUUGUGCAGGCAUACGGCCUGAUAAAUGCCUGCCAGUGUGUAUUGAUGUGGGAACUGAUAAUCCAGCACUAUUAAAGGAUCCGUUUUACAUGGGCUUGUAUCAGAAAAGAGAUCGCUCACAGCUUUAUGAUGAUCUGAUCGAUGAGUUUAUGAAAGCCAUUACUGACAGAUAUGGCCAGAACACACUUAUUCAAUUUGAAGACUUUGGAAAUCAUAAUGCAUUCAGGUUCUUGAGAAAAUAUCGAGAAAAAUAUUGUAUCUUCAAUGAUGAUAUUCAAGGGACAGCUGCAGUAGCACUAGCAGGUCUUCUUGCAGUACAAAAAGUUAUUAAUAAACCCAUCUCUGAACACAAAAUCUUAUUUCUUGGAGCAGGAGAGGCUGCUCUUGGAAUUGCAAACCUUAUAGUUAUGGCUAUGAUGGAAAAUGGUGUCUCAGAAGAAGAGGCACAAAAGAAAAUCUGGAUGUUUGACAAGUUUGGCUUAUUAGUCAAGGGGAGGAAAUCUAACAUAGAAUGUCAUCAGGAACCAUUUGUUCACGCAGCUCCAGUGACCAUACCUGAUACUUUUGAAGAUGCGGUAAAUGUACUUAAGCCUUCCACUAUAAUAGGUGUUGCAGGUGCUGGCCGACUCUUUACUCCUGGUGUUAUCAAGGCUAUGGCCUCUAUCAAUGAAAGGCCUGUAAUAUUUGCAUUAAGUAAUCCUACAGGAAAGGCUGAAUGCACGGCUGAAGAAGCAUAUACACUUACAGAGGGAAGGUGUUUGUUUGCAAGUGGCAGUCCAUUUGGGCCAGUGAAGCUCAUUGAUGGGCGAUCCUUUAUGCCAGGUCAAGGAAACAAUGCAUAUAUUUUUCCAGGUGUGGCUUUAGCUGUUAUUCUCAGUGACAUCCGGCAUAUUAGUGACCAGGUUUUCCUAGAAGCUGCAAAGGCACUGACAAGUCAAUUGACAGAUGAAGAGCUAGCCCAAGGGAGACUUUACCCACCACUUGCUAAUAUUCAGGAAGUUUCUAUUAACAUUGCUAUUAAGGUUACAGAAUAUCUAUAUGCUAACAAGAUGGCUUACCUAUACCCAGAACCUGAAGACAAGGCCAAAUAUAUUAGAGAAAAAAUAUGGCGAAGUGAAUAUGAUUCCCUGCUGCCAGAUGUGUACGAGUGGCCAGCAACUGCGUCAUACUCUCCCCAGACAAUGGAAUAGAAGCACUGCCACUGAUCAGUACUCCCAGCUGCAGGGAACUCGGCCUUUUGUUUCCCCAGACAAAAAGAUGAAGUUAUCAGAAGAUUUCUGACCUUUCCUGUGUUUUAUUCUCCCCACAAAUCUACACCUAUUAGGGUAGAUGUAUUGACUCUAUCAAUGUCCUCCAGCACCCUACAAUCAAACAAACAUAAUGACUUAAUUAUAAUUUGUAGCCCAUACUACACCAGAGAGUUGUUAAAAAUAUAUUUAUGAAUGUCUUUACUGACUUGUACUCUUAUUCAUGCUUGCCAUUGUGUUUGCUAUUUACCAUCUUCUCUCACCUAGUUCUUUUAGAGCUACUAAAACAGAAAUUCACUUUUGUGGAUAUGAGUAUAAAAUAUUGAGAAGCCAAAUUUAACCAAGUUCCGAAGGAAAAUUACUGUUAUUGUCUAAAACUGUUUCAUUUUUCCUUCAUGCUCCAAAAUUCCUUUACACUAGAUGAUAGAUUUGGGGAAAUACACAAAAUUUAUCCUAUUAUUUUCUGGAACUAAAUUCAUGCUUAACUAUAAUCAUUGUGAAAGAGAAACUACUGCUGCCUUUAGACAAAUAAAAUAGUCCUUGUUUUCAACCAUGUAUAAAACCCAUAGUAUUACUUUUGUAUUUAAUAAAACUAGUAUCUUAAAUUGCUUCAAUUAUGCUAUUUUAUUGGCCAACUAGAAAUUUGUUUGCUUAAUAUGAAAAACACGUUUUCAUUUUCUUUACUUCUAGAUGAUUCUAGGGAUGGGGUAUAAGAUACUUACGACCAAAGUAAUGUGACUUUUUUUCUGAACAAAUCAAUCAUGUUUCAUAUCUGAAUGAGUUGUAUUUAACUGGAGAGGCAAUACUCUUAUUCCAACUUUACUUGUUAUUACCUGAGGUAAUUUUGAAUGUUUCUCUGAUACAUUCCUUUGAGUAUCAUUAGGAGUAACUCUUUUCCCACUGAGUAUAGUUUUAAUUUUUAAAAAUCACCAAAAUUAAUUUAAAACUAAAUGUAGGGAUGAAUCUGGUAAGCAUUCAGACUGAAAAAUACUAUUUUUAAUGCCAAUAAAAUAGAUAAUUGACUAGUGAGACCAGGGUUUCUUAUAUAGCUUACAUAUUAGAAAAUUCUAAGGGAAAAUCCAAAAAGCAUUUUGAGAAAUAAUAGUUUUCCUAUAUGUCUACCUAACAUGGCUGCUUUGCGGGAACAAAACUUCUAAAUGCUUGGUCUAGAAUAUUAACCAAAAAUUGUUCAUAAUUACCUAUUGGCAUGUACAUUAUUUGAUUUUUCUCUCCAGUUACUGAUUGAUAGGUUAGAAUGUGAUAUUCUAUAGGAAAAAAUUACUUCAUUUUUGUUGUACAUCUUCUGCCCAUAUUGAUUCUAAAUGAAUAUAAUUUAACAUUUCAGGAAUGCUGCAAUGUCACUGCCAUUUGCAAUGUGUAGAAAUGCAAUUGGUUCAUCCACUAAUAGAACAAAGAAGUCUGUUUUAUAAAUGUCAUAAAAUAAGCAACUAUUUGUUUCAAUUAAAGAUGAAAGUUUUUUUUUAAUGUUACUUUCAUCAAAAAAUUACUGCUAAAAAUAUUUUGUUUGAAAUGAUUUCAGUUUAGCAUUACAAAUAUAGUAAUUACAAACUGGUUGUUUGCUUAAUGGCUUACUGAAGGCAGGAACAUAUGCUGAAUUAGAAAAGCAAUUUUACUAAGAUGUUUGCUUAAAAUCCAGUCUUCAUGGAGUUUAAGUAUUUUAAGGAAACCAAGUCUACAUGGCUUAUAGCGUACUUAAAAGAGAAAUCCUAUAUUGCUUUAUCAUUUUCAUUGUUAUUUACCAACCAGUAUUUUAACAAGUAACUAUUAUUGAAUGGAAAUGGAAAUACAGUCAAGAACUUUCCUAUCAGCACUGUGAGAGGGGCACAAAGAGAAGGCCUUAAUGGCAUCAAAUUGGGAAACAAACUAGAACAUUUUGGCCUUCUACGUAAACUUUGACCUAGUGAGAAGGUAAUACUUUUGAAAAAGCAAUGGAGCAUCUCGUUUAUUAUAAGAUAUAUUUUAAAUGAUCUAUUGUAUUAUAUGAAUAAUAUAAAAGGUGAGAACAAUUAGAAAGUAAUUCUAUAAAAUGUAGGUGUGCAAUAGGGAAUUUCUGAGAUCGAUUUUAGCCAAAUAGUUGACAAAAUUAAAUUUCUGCCCAAUGUUUUAUUAUACUUUGCCUAAUGACCUUUAAAAUUAACUGAAAUUAAAAGUAUAUUUUUGCAAUUGAUAUUUUUGUGUUCUCUUUGGUAACACCCCAGUCAUAACUGUUGACUUCAAGAAAGGCACACACGGCAAAAGUAAUUGCUUAUCCUUUCUCACCUUCACAUUUAGGAUAAAAAAAAAAAGGAAAGAAUAAUCUAGUUUAAAUAAAGGGAAAAUGCCUUGUGUGAAUAUAUGAUACUGGAUUGC